AUGAAUAAAACGAACAACAAAUACGAAUUUCUUCUUCAUUAUCCAGAAAUGGGUGCAGAUCAAUACAAUUGGUGGUGUCAAAGCCUCUCACCAACAAUUCAGACAGAAGAUAAUUUACAAGAUGAGAAUGGAACUCCAGUUGUUCUUGGUUAUGAAAAUGUCAGUGUUAAAUUUACUAUUUAUAACUGGGGUGGGCUAAGCCUGUCCAAAAGGAGCAAGGAAUCAUACAUCAAUGGAGAUCUCAGACCUGAUUUUUGGCAUUACUCAAUCGGUAGUUUUGGCACUGAAAAAGGAAUUCCAGGACCUCUUCAUAAUUAUUUAAGUCAAGUUGCUCUUUAUGUGAAAAUAACGAGCUUAGACAUGAUAAGAUGUAUCUCAUGUAAAGUUUGUCGAAAUUUUUUAUAUAAUUUUCCUGAAUUUUUGUUUGUUAUAAUAGUUUCAUAA